AUGUCGUCCUACACUCUUCCACUGUUCCUGUUCGCCAUGGCUCUUCUCGCCUCUGCUCCAUCAGUCAACGCCGAGGGAGACGAUCUUCUCGAGUACGUCAAAUCCAUUGAGCCACUCACGAUCCGUCGCAGUCCACUGGCGUGUCCAUUGCCAGUCGUUGGAUCCGCGUGCCCAGAGGAGAACGUGUUCUGGUACUUCAAGUGUUGCGGACAAAUCGCCGAUCAGUGCUGCUUCCGUCUUCAGGACUGGGUUACUGUUCUCCUCUUGUUCCUCGCCGUCUGCACCAUCCUCUCGAUCAUCAUCAACUGCGUCAGAUGCUUCUGCUGUGCCUAA